AGCGACAUCAAUCCCUCCUUCUCUGCUGCUCCACCCUUGCGCUCAGAAUCAAACUCAUGGCUUCGUCUCUACUUUCUUCUUCACAUGUUGUGAAGAUGCUGCUGUUCUCUCUUAUGGUUACUUCUUUAAUAAUACUCCCCUCAUCCGCUGGCAGCAAUUUCUACGAGAACUUCGACAUCACUUGGGGAGACGGCCGUGGUCAAAUUCUCAAUGGUGGCGACCUUCUCACUCUUUCCCUUGACAAAGCCUCCGGCUCUGGCUUUCAAUCCAAGCAGGAGUUCCUUUUCGGAAAGAUCGACAUGCAGCUCAAGCUCGUCCCCGGGAACUCCGCCGGCACUGUUACUGCCUUCUAUUUAUCGUCACAAGGGCCGACCCACGAUGAGAUAGACUUUGAAUUCUUGGGAAAUUUGAGCGGAGAUCCCUACAUUCUUCACACGAAUGUUUUCAGCCAAGGCAACGGCAGUCGGGAGCAACAAUUCUAUUUGUGGUUCGAUCCCACUGCUGACUUUCACACCUAUUCCAUCCUCUGGAAUCCUCAAGGCAUAGUCUUAUCGGUGGAUGGCAUACCUAUUAGGGAAUUCAAGAACAUGGAAGCAAUGGGUGUUCCGUUCCCUAAGUAUCAACCGAUGAGAAUAUACUCAAGCCUUUGGAAUGCGGAUGAUUGGGCUACAAGGGGUGGGCUCGUGAAGGCAGACUGGACCCAAGCGCCCUUCGCAGCCUCCUAUCGGAAUUACAGUGCUGAUGCUUGUGUGAUAUGGUCUGGAGUAUCUUCAUGCAGUACAACUUCUUCUAAUUCAUGGCUCAACGAAGAGUUGGAUUAUGCAAAUCAAGGAAGGCUAACAUGGGUUCAACAAAACUACAUGAUAUAUAAUUAUUGCUCGGAUUCAAUGCGAUUUCCUCAGGGCUUUCCUGCGGAAUGCACUCUCACCAACAAAUCUUAAAAAGGAGUAGCCCUACCAGACAAUGAUUUCUUUUUCAUUUUGCCUUUUUAUAAAUAAAUCCGUUCAUUCAUACAUUAAUUUUAUUUCUUGUAUUAUUUCAUCUUCUUAAUUGAUCUGCUUUUGGAAUAUUCAUGUACAAUACCGUAAAACCUGGGCUGCCUUGAUCACAAGCAACUUGCUUGUGCCGGUAUCUUAUGCAAUAAAAUCCUUUGACCUUUCAAAAA